AUGAUUGUCGAUAUUGCCAUUGGCGACGAUGGGAAACAGUUGUACCAAGUCCACGAGUCCUCCAAGGUCGUUAGAAAGGAAAUGCCAAGGUCCACCAACUUCACUACAGGCGCCUCAUUGGCUCAUGAUGAGGAAAAGACACCCAUCAGGAAGAUCUUGGGCACUAUUUCCCCAAGUACUUUAAAUCAGAAGAAGUUGGCUGAUAGUGACUUUUUAGACCAGAGUCAAGCGCAGAUCCAAGGCCAUGACCAACUGCAGCAACAACUCCAACACCAUGAACAGUAUCAGCCUCAGCAACUUCUGAAUCAGCAGAUGUUGCAACAUCAGCACCAAUUGCAGCAAUACCAACGUCGUGGUGGUGGUGCUGGUUCGCAAAUGGAUCUUAGGAAGAAUAAUGUUUCUGAUUACUAUAUCAGUGGUCCCAUGGGAAGUAACCUAAUGAUGCCCUCGAAUACCGGUAACGGACUCAUCCCCACCAAUACCAGCUCUGGCAACAAUUUACAUUACCCAAUGGAUCCACACCAAGCACAGAUGCAAAUGCACAAUACGGUAACUUCACCUAAGUUAUCAGCAUUGAAUACCUCGGGUUCUACGUCUUCAGUGUCCCUGAACGAUGCUACGGAUAUUUGGUCUACAGAUGUCGAAGCUGCUUUUGAAGAAGUGUUGUCCAUCAUUCCUAAGAAUGGUUUAUCCAAGAUUAAAAUCAGUGGUAGAUCAUGUGGUAGAAAUGAGUUGAUCAGUGAUUAUAUCUUCCAAAAGACAGGGAAGUUUAGAACUAGAAAGCAAGUUUCAUCUCACAUCCAAGUCAUCAAGAACUUAGGACAGAAGCAGGAAAUUAUAAAAUUAAUCAACGAUGGUCCCAUUUUCAAUAGUGAACAAGAAAGAGAUGACAACAUGAAUAAGUUCGAAGAAAUCUUCAGUAAGAUUACGUUGGCUAAGUCUAUGGGGGUUAGUGACACUAUUGUGUCUCUGAACAAGAGAUCCCUAUCAUUACCUGGUAGUGCAACCACUACUUUCCCACCAUCAAACAUGUAUCCUAAGAAGAGAAAAAUGAUAACACUUAGCAUUGAAAACUUUUACAUUUCAAUUCAAAUUUCUGCAUCCAGUAACAUUAAUAACGACAAUAACGACAAUAAAAAUAACGACAAUAAUGACUCCAGCACCCUAACCUUAACAAGACAUGGUAAUGUACCGAUCAAGAAUCUCAAGUUAAAAGAAGAUGCUAACCUUUCAACUAGAUUUCCUGGUUUGAACGAUUUUACUACCCUUGAUAUUCCUUUCCUUCACAACAUGGUGAACAUGAAACUUCCAAUACUUAAAUUAAGUUCUGGUUUUAACAACUUGACAUCAAAUUACUUGAUUAGAACGAAUUUAAUAAAUUCAUCACUGUCUAUUUUCAGUUGCGUCUUUUCAUUUGGCCAGGAAGUCUUGAAGACUAAUGAAGUUUUAAAUGAUAAUGAGAAUGCUUCGUUUAUGUUUAAGUUUUGGAACUUCUUCUUCAAGGAAUUACUAACCAAAGAUGAAAGCGAUAUUAAUACUACCUUGAAAGGAGUGACCAUAAAGCAAAUCAUCUAUGAGUCAGAUACUUCCACUCAUCAAAACCAUAAAUCAACACACUUGAUCCCUAAGCUGAAGAUUCAAGCGGUAUUGUUGUGGGAGUUUGCAGCAGUUCAGAACUAUGAAGAGGCUUACACAACCACUUCUAGAUUAUCUUUUCCAAAGCCAAUUCAUCAAAAGAAGAAUGAUGUGAAUUUUGGACCACCCUUUGCAAAUGAUAUCGUUCCACAGAGCGUUGGUUAUCAACCAUAUGGGAAGUAUCCACAACAUGUACAACAGCAGCAACAACUGCAACUGCAACGACAACUUCCACAGCAGCAACUGCAACAGCAACAGCUUGUGCAGAAUAAUCUCCCCUCCAAUUAUUCUCCUACAUCAGCCUCAGCUUCGUCAUAUGUGCCUUCUGCCACAAGCUAUAGAUCGACCACCAGUUCACUUCCAAUGCAAUCUAGUUCUAUUGUGAAGGGAGAAUAUGGCUAUUCGCCGGUUCAACCUGAUAUGGUAAAACCACAAUUAAGUGUCCAGCAUAAAUUUCAAAGUUUACAGGAAAUGCAUCAGUUGAAUCCUUAUGGUAAUAGCGGUGGUGUUUCUGCUGGAAUGAAUUAUGCUGCGCCUGGAGUGAAUAAUGGAACCAAUUAUAUGCAUCCAUCUGUUGGCAUGGAUCUUAUGAACGGUCAGAACCCAGACCUUCAAGCUCAACAGCAGCAACUUCUAUCACACCACAUGCCUUCACUUGAUCAUUCUAAUCCACAAUCGUACCAGUUUGGAGGAUUACUUGUGAACCCUAGUGGGAAUAACGAACAAGCUGGAUACAUGAACAUGAUGGAUAACACCUACGUCGGAAAGUAA